AUAGAGAUUGCAACAUGGCGCUGUCCAUGGCUGGCAUGAAUACUCUAUCUACUGGGUGAUAUCUUUGUUUGAAACAGAGGACAAAGCAUGUCGGGGUCCAAUGUAUGGAGUCGUAGCCGAGAGAGACUGAGACAGUUCACUGAGCUGGUCGCUCAGUGCGCAGAUGAGGCAGCUGUUUAUGGUCAGUGUGUUGCUGCUACAACAACAACUGGUAAACAGGAGCUGAAGAAGGAUCUGUGUGCUAAAGAGUUUGAGGCACUGAAGACCUGCUUUACAAACGCAGCCAAGAAGAAAACCAGAUGACACACCUGGACUGAUCUGUGGGAGAAAACCUUCCAAGUGGGGCAUUAAUGUGGUGUUGUGAUAGGAGACAAACAAUUUUCUUUCAGUCGAUAUUUAUACAAACGAGCAAUCAAUAAUGUUGAAUGUCUUUUAUUGAAUCUUUUUAUGAGCAAAAUAUUACACAUAGAAAAAUCUGCUUGUAGAAAUGACCUUGAUCUUCACAGGAGAAACCAGAAAAUACAGACAAGAUUUCCAACCGCA